GUGAAGAGCUUAAAUUUUAUUAAAUAAACAAGUAAUGAAAAUAUUCCAGCCAAAUAAUAUAUACACCACAAUCUAGGUACAAUAAAAAAUAAAAACUCUCAACCACUCAAAUAUGAUAUUAGAUGAUAAUGAGACGAUACUCAAUUUUAACAUAUUUGACCUUUUUAGUAGUGUUUGCGCCAAAAUUUUAUUAAAGUAACAAGCCAAUUUGAUCAAAAGAUUAUUAUUGUAAAAAGACCUAAUUUUAUAAAACCGUUCGUCUCAUAAAACCGCUCUGAUGUCGAACCGGUGUAAACCGGCGGUUCGAACGGUUCAACAAAAGACCUAAUUUUAUAAAAGCAAAAAAAAUUGACGAAGGACGUGGUUUUUGGUCAGAAAUCACAACAAUUUCUCCGUCUCCGGUGGCUUGCUUCCUUCUCCGGCGUCAUGAGUAAAUCGUAGCAGCAGCAGGCGCGGCGGAGAUCGGUUCCGGCGUGGCGGAUCUGUGUGAUGGUGUCGCACAUGUAAAUCGACCCUUCCUUUUUGCACUUCUGAGUAUUACCUGAAAUUGGUUUUAGCAGUUUCUUAUACCCACAAUUCUACUUGUCUAGACUAGGGUUUCAUGGCAGAUAGUGACCCUCCAUCUUUAGGUCGUGUGAAGCUUACUGAUUUAGUCCCUUGGAACGGGCUAGCAUCUGAUUCCUAUAAAAUAUCAGUUUCAAUUUUGUCACAUUCUCUGGCUCAGUUUUCUGCAGUCAUCGUUCAGUUUCCAGCAAGUGACGGGGCUAUUCUGCGAUCUGGUUUAGAAUCUGCUCGCAUGUAUUUCCACCAAAGGGAAACGUAUCCACCUGCAGAUAUAAUCAAUCCUGGGUUGCCAGACAUAUUUGCCUUAUUUGGAAAAGCAGCAAGGGAUAUUCUGGAUGCAAUUAGCUACCAUUUGAAUAUACGCAGCUCUCCGUUUGUAGAAAUAGUGGAUAAUGUUCCACUGAGAAAUAGGGAAAUUUCAUCUUCUGUUUUGUCUGUUUGUUGUCAUGCAAGGCCAUCAUUUCAGGGGCCACAGCAUCAUAAUAAUAUAACUACUACCCAAGAGGAUGGCCAAAUGAUUAUGUAUCCUGACCAUGAUCACCAAGUUGAUAAAAGCUUGCUAUCGCUUGUUAAGUCCGAUAGGGCUGGUUUACAUGUAAGAGACUCUCAGGGCCGGUGGAUUCUUGUGGACGGAGAUCUGGGACCUCAGGAAGCUAUUGUUUUUCCUGGGCUUGCUCUUUAUCAAGCAACUGCAGGAUAUGUAAACCCUGCAUUGCUCAAAACUGAGAUUAAUAUGGAGGCUAAUAUGUAUGGACGAUGUUCUUUAGCCUUCAAACUUUUGCCUAAAUCAAUGACCAAUUUGGAUUGUUCAGAAAUGCGAGCAGCAGGUUACGGAAUUGAAGCUCAGUUUCAGCUUCCUGUCCCAGUGGAUGAUUUUAUGCAAAGAUCUCACCCAACAGAUCAUCUCUUUAACAGGCCUAGUUUGCAGUGCUUCAAUUUCCAACCAACACAUGAUGAGAGAAGGAAGCAAAAUCCCAAAAGCAAACCUUUGCCACCUUCCAAGAGGUUAAGGCUUGAGGCUCAAAGAGUUUUGAAAGAAAGGGUCCAGGAUAUUGCUGAUAAGAAAGGCAUCAAGCUGCGGUUCUGUAAUCUCAAGGAAUGUGAAAGUCACAUUCACAGCAUUGAUAGCCCAUGUGCAAAUAUACGAAUGGAGAUAGGGUGGCCACUUGGUGUUCCAUUUGUCCAUCCCCAUGAUUUACCUAACAAGGCAAAGCUGGGUUUUCUUGAAGCGUAUGAACCUGGUUGGACAGAAGCCCAUCAAAACUCAGACAGGCUAGUCAACACUCAGCUAACUUUAACUGCAACUCUCCUUUUGCAAGUUUCAUGUCCAUAUGAUAAUGCAUAUUCUACUUUAUAUUUAAAACUGUAAAAUAGUGGUGGUGCAUCUAAAGCUGAGAAUUUACAUAUUUUUUUUCAGGGUGAUGAAAAGGUUAAGGGAAGUUGAAGCUUAACAUAAAUGAUUAAUUUACAUAAUUGUAGUUUAGCCAAAUUCUCUUCAUUAGCCAAUCAAUGUGUUCAACGCUAUGAUUAGUAACAUGAAGAAUGUUGAACACAUUUAAUUACAUAUUGACAGAACUGUGGAGGUUGCAGAUCAUUUGUCAUAUCCUUUUGUCAGAAGGCUGCAAUCCUUGCCACAUCACAUCCUUUUGUGUUUACUUAGUAUCUUAAGACUUGCAACAAUGCCAAUUUCCCUAGAUCAAUUUCUUAACCUGGAGAGUGAACCAAAUUGCCGUGAGUUACAUACAUCUCAGUCAUGGAACAUAAAAUACCAGUAGUGUUGGCAUGUAAUGUGAAGGAUAAAAAAUAGGACGUGGAAGCUUGUUGAUGGGCACCUGAAAUCCAGUUAUAUAAUGAUCGGUUGUUGAUAGAAGAACCAGAGCUAAUGUUUUGGUAGUGGAACUUUGAUAUAAUGAUAUGUUUUAGGUCCACUAGCAUCUGAGGAGUUCACUGUCUAUGUUAAUUUAUGAUAAGUUUAACAGAUUAUGUUCAUGUUUUGGUGUCUGCAGGAAUCAGUCCCCCCUGACUUCCAACGUAUGGGCAGCAUAAGAUAAGAUUGUGAAGAUAGGCCUAUAUAGUUCUCAAGGGGGCUCUGAACCUAUCUGAAGCUAGGUUUUAGAGUUUUAUGCCUGCUGUCUGUAUAUGCAACUUUUGAAGCAGAUAAAUGAAAGAAACGUGCUGCAGAGUUUUAUCCCAUAGAUGUUUUAUUAUAGAUUUCUUAGAAACUCUUAGGAUUAUGAGACGCCAAUCCAAUGAAAAUGAAGGGUAGACUCAGCUCUACAGCUUGAUGGAGGUAUUGCUGGCCAGUAUCAAACCAUAUAUAAAAUGAAGACAUCUUCAAAAUCAAUAGGACAACUAUAUAAGCCUCUAUCGGUCAUGAAGGAAUGUAAUCACUGUCAAAUGGUCUGCAACAAGUUUAGUUGUAACUUUUUUGUCCUCAAGUUAUGUCAAGCUGGUAAAAAGUGUAAACAGGAUAGCUUUAUCUGGUGUUAAACAGGAUAGUAUUUUGUCACAAUGCUAGGUAGCUUGACGUGUUUACUUAUGCUACUUAAUUAUGAUUGUGAAAUCAGAAGCGGUGCAUACCAAGAGGCAUUAUCUUUCAUUGCACUGAAAUGCAUUCACACAGAGCUCGAAUAUAUUAUCUUCCGAAGAA